CACCCACCACGCGGCCGUUCACUCCCACCGCCCGAUCGAGCGCCCGACCCCCGUCUUGACUGACUCCCGCAGUCUGAGCCCCCGGACCGCGCGGGAGAUUGCUUCCUUUUUUCCUUCACAGUACGUUGCAGACACUGGAGGGGUCUCAUACCUUCACUUUUGGCCGCCCGGCCAGUCUUGCCCUGCUCCCCGCUACAUAAACACGGCCGCGGCUCCGGCCCUCUGCAAACCUGCCUUCUGACGUUGCCCUCCAGCACCACCCUCGGUCCCACCACUUCGGUCCCAUGGCGUCAGGCACAAAAGGCCCGGCCGCAUCGAUGGCACCCCUCAACGGCGUCUCGGGGUCACAUCCUCCCGCUCCUGCACCUGUGAACCGCAAGAAACAGAAGCGACGAGAGAAGCAGGCCGCGAAGCAGGCCGCCGAGCAGCAGAAGCACACGCCAGCCCCCGCGAAAAACGGACACCCCCCACAAGGCCAGAGCUCCGCAGGCCAUGCCCAACGCCUGUCCGGGCAACCCGCACCGCUGUAUGCAGGCGCCGGCCUAGACGACCCUGAUAGCUUUGAGCCUCCCGAGGGCGAGUACUACUCGGACGACGAGCUGUACGGGACGAAUGGGCAUUACCCGACUGGCUAUACCGGACCUCCGCCCGCCACUGGUACUGGGAAGAAGUCCAAAAAGAAAACCAAGGCCGGCUCUGCAACCCAGCAACCUGCGUACCCCUCCGCCCCCCCUCCGCAUCAUCCUCCUUCCCACCCCCCGCCGCCGCAUACGACUCUAGACGCUCCCCGCAAGUCCCAUUCCAAAGACCGCAUAUGGAAUACGUCAACAUCGGAGGAACGGGAGCGGAUCAAGGAAUUCUGGCUGUCUCUAGGAGAAGACGAGCGCAAGUCGCUGGUCAAAAUAGAAAAGGAAGCCGUCCUGCGCAAGAUGAAGGAGCAGCAGAAGCAUUCCUGUAGUUGCACUGUCUGCGGACGCAAGCGCACUGCUAUUGAGGAAGAGCUGGAAGUCUUGUAUGAUGCAUACUAUGAGGAAUUGGAACAGUAUGCGAACCAUCAGCAGGACGGCGGGCCCAUUCUACCUGCGAGCCGCUAUGCGCAAGCGCUGUCUAGUAUGCCUCAUGGCCGCCCUAUGAUGACCACACACCCCCCGUCGAGGAUUCGUGAGCUAACCGAGUCUGAAGACGACGAGGAGGAGGAGGAAGGCGAAGAAGAGGAAUAUAGUGAGGAUGACGAUGAAGACUACAUUAGCGAAGACGAACCCAUUGACUUACCACGUGGAUCAGCGGCAGACUUUUUCAAUUUUGGCAACAGCUUGACGGUCAAAGGCGGAAUACUGACAGUGGCCGACGACUUACUCAAGAACGAUGGCAAGAAAUUCAUCGAGAUGAUGGAACAGCUUGCCGAGCGUCGAAUGCAGCGAGAGGAAGAGGCUCAAUAUGCCUCCCAUCCUAGCAUGUACUCGAAAUCUCAUAGCUCACAUAAUCACAAUGCUCCGCCCGAAGAAGAUGACUUUGAUGAAGAGGAAGAGGAUGAGGAAGAAGGGUACGAUGAUGGAGACUACGAAGAUGAUGAAGAUGAGGAGGACACUAUGACAGAGGAACAGCGCAUGGAGGAAGGCAGGCGGAUGUUUCAGAUAUUUGCGGCACGAAUGUUUGAACAACGGGUGCUCACUGCAUAUAGAGAAAAGGUUGCCCGGGAACGCCAGCAGAGGCUCCUCGAGGAACUAGCAGAAGACGAUCAGAAAAAAGAACAGAAAGAGGCGAAGAGGGCCAAAGAGGCACAGAAGAAAAAGGAAAAGAAGGAGAAACAACGGUUGGCCAAGGCGGAGGAGAAGGCACGGAAGGAUGCGGAGAAGGCCGCCCAAGAAGCCGAGGCCAAGGCUGCGGAGGAGAAGCGAUUGGAGGAACAGCGGAAGAAACGUGAGGAGCAACGAAAGAAAAAGGAGGCAGAGCGCAAAGCCCAGGAGGAAGAGAAACAGCGGAAGGAAGCCGAACGCCUCAAGCGACAGCAAGAAGAGCGUGAACGGCAGCAGGAGAUAGAGAGGAAGGCUCGCGAGCAUAAAGCUCAGGAAAAGAAGGCUAGGGACGACGCGAAGCGGAAAGAGCGUGAAGAACGCGAGGCAAAGGAAAAGGAGGCUCGAGAGAAGAAAGCGCAAGAAGAAAAAGAGCGACGAGAACGUGAGGCCAAAGCAAAGGCGGAAAGGGAACGCAUUCGAAAAGAAGAGCAAGCAGCCUCUGCGGCUCAGAAUGCGGCACCAUCCCUCAAGAAGUCAUCGCAGCCAGUUGCUGUGGCACUGCCUCCGGGUCUGUUGAAGCAAUCUUCGUCCACAGGCAUGCCAUCGCCUCAUAUUAUGCCCGCUAUUCCGAAGGCGCCUACUCCUAACCGUCCCCGACAGAGUUCACAGCAAGGAUCACAUGGAUCCUCACCCAAGACCCCUCAAGUUGCUCCUGGAACCAGCAAAUCUAUGUCGCCUGCAUCGCAGAUUCAGAAUACCAUUGUACCCAAGCAGAUCUUAACAAAGCCCCCGACAUCGCAGCAACCCCCACCUGUUCACCAUACCCAGCCUACUUCUCCGAUGCCUCCAAUGGGGCCACCUCCCGGUAUGCAGCCACCAGCUGGAAUGGGUCUCAGCAACAUGCCACCAGGCCUCAAUGGAUUCCCUCAUGGUCAAGGUCCAAUGAUACCAGGUAUGGGUCCGCGUCACUCUGUAAACAACAUGCCUUUCUACCCGCAACCACCUGGACCGCAGAACUUCCGUCCAUUUCUUCCCCCUGGUAUGCACGCUCCAAAUGCAAUGCCGAUGGGUCGUGGGUUCUCCAUGGAUGGACCACCUGGUCUCGGUCCCUCGAUACCUGGUAUUGGAGGACCAAAUCAAAUGCCUGGAUUUGGUAUGGGAAUGCCAUCGCACUCUCGACAAGCCUCAGCUUCGUUUGACAAGCCAAAUGUUGAACCGCCAAUCACCGCCCCUCAAGCCCAACCGAUUGCGCGACCUGCUGGGCCCAUCCAGCGACCAUCGAGCGUCAAGCCUCACGAAGAAAACAAGCAACCGCAUGACCUAGACGUCGAUAAUCUUGCAAGUCAUCUUGGCAGCAAAGCGCUGCUUGAUGAUGCGGACGAUAUGCCCGAUUUCCCAAGCGAGCCUCGUCGAACGAGCUUGCAGCCACAUGGAUCCUUGCGGGGCGGCGGCCCGCUGGGAUUCGGCUUUUCGGAUGCCCCAGGCCAGCCUCGAGCAGAUUCGUACGCUCCAUUCGGUAGCUCCAGCAACACUGGAAGCGUGUGGUCGACACCACCUAUGCCAUUCCCGAUGACGGGUGCGCCUGGUUGGGGUAACUCUCCAACCACCAGUAUGUUCAACAACCCAUUCCCCCACCCUACGCCCGGCAUUCAACGACCAAACGAACCUCGCAUAACCUGGAUCCGCCGAUUGAUCUGUGACGCAUGCAAAAUUGAAUCAACUAUCAAGCCCGGGUUGAAUGGCUUCGUCAACGUAUCUGACGUCUAUCGUCAUAUUGAAACGGUGCCCAACCAAUCACAGGAACCUAUCUCGCAACAAGAGCUCAAGACUGCAUGUGAGGUCUAUGGUGACGCAGCCAACGGGGGGGGUCAGUUGACAUACAAGGACGACACGGCUGGCUCUGGGCAAGCUACAAUAAAGUUUGAGGAGAUGGGCGGUCCGUCUGCAGCAUUGGGUGAAAUUGGUAGUCCGAUUCCUGGUCACAGCGUGCCUGCUAACGUGUUUGGUGGCAGGCCGUUUGCAAACCUCGGUCAUGGGGGCUUUUAGGCGUAGAAGGUGAACCUGUAUCAGCAUCACUUAGCAUGUUCGAAUAUGCGUCUCCCUUUUCCUUUAUAGCGGUUGCAUGGAGCUCGCGAUUCUCAAAUGAAUCCGCGAAUGGUGUUUCAGCAUACCUUGCUGUUUCUUCCCUCUGUCUUCUCUCUCUGCACUCAGGGUGGUGUUUCGGCUAAGCCUACAUCGUCCAUUGAAGUAUUGGUAGAUUCAAUAUGCCUAGAGGAGCCAAUACUCCUCUCUGGUAUCUUGCCUGUAGCUCCUUGAAAAGGAGUGUAUAGUUUCAUCAAAAGGAAUGAACUUCUGUGACGAGGUGG